GCGCAUGCAGCCUAGCCCUGCAAGGAAAUGUGAACGCUUCAGACUCUAGGGGUCCCCAUCCUUCAGCAUCUACCUCUCGCGCACAAUUCGUUCUGUGCAGCGAGCAGGGAAACAGACGGCGUACGCGCGGAGCCCAGAAGGACCCGAGACACACAUCUUCAGUGAUAUCACGGCGAACUUUUUGAUUUACCAGGCACUCUGAUGGAGACGAAGAACAGGAACCCUUGCAUAUUUGGAUGAAUAGCGGGACGGUUAAAUAAUCGUGACUGUACACUUCAAUGACUUCGGUGAGAAGACAUUCUUAUCCUCCUACCUGUGUGGGAUUUUCAGCCGAACUGGGAGUCGCGAUGUCUGUUCUAGUUCGUUCGUUGUUCCUAGUUCUGCUGGGCCAGAUGGGCGUGUGCGCCCAGACGGAGAUGAAGAAGGUCGUCGGGGACAACGCCACGUUGCCGUGCCACCACCAGUUCUGGCAGGCGGGGACCACCACCCUGGACAUCGAGUGGCUACUGCAGAAGCCCAACUCCAAGCAGACAGUGGUCAUCACCUACUUGGGGGACGCUCCUGCGAUCAUGCUCGUGCGUCGACCAUACAGCUGCAAGGUGAAGAUCCGAGGGGACGCACCCUGGGUCAGUAACCUCAUAGUACUGGUCAAGCCCUCCAAGCCCCGGUGCUGGAUGGAGGGGCGUCUGCUGGAGGGCAGCGACGUGAAGCUGAGCUGCCGGUCGGCCGACGGGUCCGAUCCCAUCCAGUACAAGUGGGAGCGAGUCCUGGACAAGGGCCGGACCAUGGGGAGGCUGCCGCCCCUGGCCCUCAUCGAUCUGAAGAACCCCGAGAUCGUCACCCUGAGAAACCUGAGUCACGACAGCACGGGCGUGUACAAGUGCACGGCCAGCAACGACGUGGGCGAGGAGAGCUGCAUCAUCGAGGUCACCAUGCACUAUGUCCGGGGAGUGGGCGUGGUGGCGGGUGCGGUGGUGGGCGUGUCCUUUGGGGUCCUCCUCAUCAUCCUCAUCGUGUGGCUCGUUCUCCGCAAGAAGGAGAAGAAAAAGUAUGAGGAAGAAGAAACACCCAAUGAAAUCAGAGAGGAUGCCGAGGCCCCCAAGGCCAAGCUGGUGAAGCCCAACUCGCUCUCCUCGUCCCGUUCUGGCAGCUCCCGCUCGGGCACCUCCUCCACCCAGUCCAUGGUGCACAACACCGCCCCCCGGGGGCCCCGCCCUCGCCCUCCGCCCGCCGCCGUGCUCAAAGAGAACGGCCAGCCCCCCAGCUUCCCCCCGACCCCCCCGGCCUACACGCAGGUGGCGCCCAAGACCCCCGAGCCGGGCACCCCCAAACUCAGCCCCGGGAACCUGACCAGGAUGGGGGCCACGCCCGUGAUGAUCCCCGCCCAGACCAAGGCCUUCCAGACUGUGUAGAGCCCCACCCCCCACCCCCCCCCCCCCAGAAUGACCCUAAAAGGAGGAGGACUGGUGUGGUAAAAAAAAAAAAAAACUAAAAGAGAAUAAAAUCACCAUAUCCCUGAUCCCAUAGAAACAGCCUCUUUACAAAAAAUACAAAUAAUAAAAAAACUAAAACUGCAACAUCAAAUAAUAACGGAUAUGAAUAAAGGAAUCAAUAGCAAAACAAGAAGUUAAAUGAAUGCUUAUUAAAAAGGGAAAUAAGAAGUGCUUGCCCCUUCUGAAUAUAAAAAGAAAAAAAAAACAGUUAAGUUACAGCAUCUCUCUCAGUCUCUUUAUGAUUUUUAUACUUUUUUUAUUUUAAACUGAAGACUCGGAAGGUCGUGGGUGGCAGUGAGGAGGACACUGAGUUUUAUCUCCUUUUGCAAUGAAAAGAGCGCGGGUUAGCGUGGGUUAGCAUGGUUUAGCGUGCGCUGCAACUGUUUCCAGGUUCCGAGAGGAGAUUAGCAAACGAAGAGCCAAAGGCAGUUCCGCUGCCCCUAGGCGAUUGGUUGCUGACACCGCGCCACGACCGUGUUCUCAUUUACCAGGCCAAACCAGAUGAACAUCGGAAUAAAACGAAAGAAAGAAAAAACAUAGCACUGCUUCCUUCUAAGCACCUGUUUCUCUCGAGGUCAGGCUCUCUUGCAAGGUUUCACCCAUCCACCAAUCGGAAGCCCCCUUCAGGCCCCACCAGCAUUCCUUUCCCAGAACUCCAGCCAAUGACAGAAGGCAAGAGCUGCAUGUGGAAAUCCUGAGGACACGGUCUCACCGUUUCCUAGCCAACCUGCAGAUGAAGACCACGUACUGUCGAGGCUGGAGGUUUCCUCUCCGUAUCGCUGCAGUUUGAGGAUGAGUCAUGUGACUUCGUAAGAACCACGGUGAUCUGUUCAGUAGACAUUUUACUUGCUAGUCUAAAAUGGGAAAGUAUGGAGAGGAACCGAUGACCCGGUAGCAAUGGACUUCUGUCCUUGUGCUGUUUCCUGUUUUGUUUACAACUUCAAAAAUAUGUGGAGCUGUUUGGUACAUCCCCUUAAAAAUAUAUUAAAUUAAAUAUAUUUGAUUAAUCAUA